CCUUUUCAUCUUUCACCUGACAGUGCAGCAAUGGUUCAGUUUGUGAUUAUGCUUUUACUUCUCUGUACCGGAACUUUGCUCUCAGAGACCCUUAGUUCUUCACUGCUGGAGGCAGAAGCUGGAGAUAAAGUCACGUUUUGGUGCCACCAUGACCUGUAUCGUGCCAGUUAUAUCUUCUGGUUUAAGCACACAAGUACCUCAGUGCCACUUCUUGUUGGGUGCAAACAGUUUACUUUAUCUGGCCAAAUGCAAAAGUGCUACUUCUCCCCUGAACCUGAGCACAUGGUGAUGUCUGUACACAGAAAGAACACGUCUCUCACAAUCCCUGCAGUUAAUGUCACUGAUACAGGACUAUAUUACUGCAGCUUCACUGAGCUGGACAAAAUAAUAUUCAGUAACUCCAGCUACUUACAUGUGAAAGUAGACAACGUUUCAGAGGGAAAUAAUACAAUAACCAUAACUUCAGUUAGACCAGAAGAUCCAGUUCUCUGUUCUUUAAAAGAUUAUGUCUUCUCUGGUGUAUUCAUGAUACUGAGCAUGAUCUCUGUGGCAAUGAAUGUGAUUGUGAUUCCUCUCUGUGUCAUGAUCUUCAUUAUUCACAAACCAAGAACACACAGAGGUCCUGAAGAACAAGAUGAAGAGCAGGAGCAGCUCUCUAACAAGAAAGACAUGCAGACAAGCAGACACGAGGAAGCAGCUAUUCCACACGAUGUAUAUACUUGUGUCGUAUACCAGAACUUAGCUUAGCAUGAGCUUUAAUAAGCUGUUAAACAAUGCGGGAUGAGUGUUUUCUUUUAUCUUUUCAUUACAUUAUGUAAUAUAUAGAAUGGGUUGUGGAAUAUGUGUAUUCAGUAUUAGAUCAGGGAAAAUGUCUUUAAUUUCUUUUAAUUAAUACAAUUUGUAAUUUUCCUAUGACCCUCUGUCAUAAUGUCUCAAUUACUUAUGCAGUAUAAUAAAACAUUCACAAGUUUAGAGUUUGAUGAGUACUACAUUUGUGCUAUUUAUACCAAUUGGUAAUGAUAUUGUAUAAAAAAAAUAAAUAAAAAAGAAGU